AUGGAAGCUUUACGUCCGCCCACAGCUCUGCAGCUAACAGGUAACGUGGCUGAAAACUGGAAGAGAUUCAAGCAACGUUUUGAACUGUAUUUGUCUGCGAUUGGAGCUGAUGAAAGGAGUGCUAAAAUGAAAGCAUCUGUGUUUUUGCACGUCGUGGGAGAUGAAGCUCUAGAAGUCUACAAUAACUUCACAUUUGAUGCUGAGGAUGACAAUAUGAAGCUUUCAAAAAUAAUGGAAAAGUUUGAACGCAACGUGACGUUUGAAAGGCACAGAUUCUUCACAUGUGUACAGAUAGUUGGAGGAACUAUUGACCAAUAUGUAAAUGAACUGAGAAACAGAUCAAAGACAUGUGAGUUUGGUGGAUUAACGGAAUCACUGAUCAAAGACAAAAUUGUGUGUGGCAUCACAGAUAAUGGUCUGAGAGAGAGGCUUCUCAGAGAAUCAGAUCUAGACCUGGAGAAAGCUUUGGCACUGUGUAGAGCCGCUGAGACCGUGAAAUCACAGGCUAAAGAGCUACUGAAUGAGGCUAGCUGCAAUGUGGAUGCAGUGGAAAAAGAUGCACACAGAUUCUACAAAGACAAGACCACUGGUAUGAAGAAAGGAGUGCAACAACCACACAAAAAUAGGAAGUCCGAUCAAAAAUCUUGUACUCGUUGUGGUACGCAACAUCCUCCGAAGCAGUGUCCAGCAUAUGGAAAAAAAUGCAACAACUGCCACAAAGCUAAUCAUUAUGCUCGUUGCUGCAGGAACCAAGCACAAAAGGGCAAGGUAGAUGCAGUCGAUGAUUAUUAUGAAGCAGAAGACCUUUAUGUGGAUGCAUUAAAAGAUGAAAGAGGAGAAAAAGAUUGGAUCACUACACUGAAGGUGAACGACAUACAUCUGAAAUUCAAAUUGGAUACUGGAGCCAAUGUGAAUGUGAUGUCAGAGACCGAUUUCAUGAAAAUAAGACCUAGACCAAAAAUACAAAGAGCAAUCGUGAAAGUCACAGCUUAUGCAGGUGCAGACAUACCGAAGAAGGGAAAAUGCAUCGUGAAUGUGACGCACAAAGGCCAGGUGCACAAGCUAUCCUUCAUCAUAGUUCCCAGGGAUGUGCAGGCCAUACUAGGAUUGUCGGCAUGUGAGAGGCUACACCUAGUGAAGAGAGUUUUUGUCGUGGACAGACAAAAAGAGACUGUAUAUGAUCAACUUGUGGAGGAGUACAAAGACUUGUUUCAGGGUUUAGGCUGCCUACCAGGAGAACACACAGUUAGAGUAGACAAAAGUGUCCCACCAGUCAUACAUCCAUGCAGAAAAGUUCCAUUUGCUCUGCAAAAGCAACUAAAAGUAGAAUUGGACACUAUGGAGAGCAUGAAUGUAAUAAAGAAAAUUGAUGAGCCAACAGACUGGGUGAGUUCGCUUGUUGUAGUGGAUAAAAAGAAUGGAAAACUCAGAAUAUGUUUGGAUCCAAGAGACCUAAACAGAGCUGUUAAGAGAGAACACUUCAAGCUACCUACUCGUGAAGAGAUCAUGGCACAAUUUUCAAAUGCAAAAUAUUUCAGCAAACUGGAUGCGUCUUCAGGAUUUUGGCAAAUGAAACUGGACGAGCCAAGUUCAAAACUAUGUACUUUCAACACCCCGUUUGGAAGAUACAGAUUCCUAAGACUACCAUUUGGCAUUGCUUCAGCUCCUGAGGUGUAUCACAAAACAAUCAACAUGAUCUAUGAGCACUUGGAAGGAGUUGAUACCUCGAUGGAUGACAUCAUCAUUUGGGGCACUACCAGAGCUCAGCAUGACGAAAGACUGAAAGCCGUGCUAGAAGCAACAAGAAAAGCAAACCUGAAGCUGAAUAAAGAGAAAUGUCAGCUUGGUGUGACAGAAGUGACAUUUGUGGGAGAUAUCCUAAGCAGUAAUGGUAUCAGACCAGACCCACGAAAAGUGUCUGCUAUUGAAAACAUGCCAAGGCCACAAUGCAAAAAAGAUGUGCAAAGGUUUAAUGGGAUGAUUACAUUCAUGGGAAAAUUCAUACCCAACUUGUCAGAGAAGAUGGCCCCACUGAGACAACUAACUGAGAAGAACAUAGAAUGGCAAUGGAAUCAUGAACAUGAAAAGGCAUGGACUGAACUAAGAAAGCUGCUCACAGAGAAACCAGUACUGAAAUUCUAUGAUCCAGAGAAACCAAUCAAAAUAUCAUCGGAUGCAUCACAGAGUGGGCUUGGUGCAGUACUCCUGCAAAAAUACGAGGACUGGCAACCUGUAGCAUAUGCAUCACGUUCAAUGACGGAUCCGGAAACACGUUAUGCACAGAUUGAAAAAGAACUGCUCAGCAUCACGUAUGCCUGCGAGAGAUUCCAUCAAUUUGUGUCAGGACAAGAAAUCAGCGUGGAGACUGAUCACAAGCCUUUAAUUACUUUGUUUCGAAAACCACUAAAUGACUGUCCACUCCGUAUACAACGAAUGAUGAUCAGGCUGCAACGCUACUCACUGAAUGUUGCAUACACCCCUGGAAAUCUGAUGUAUACAGCUGACACGCUAUCCAGAGCUGUUGACCCAAAGGAGCGCUCAAGGACUAGACUGGAAGAAGAUGUGGAAGCUUACGUACACAUGAUCACAAGUGCACUGCCAGUUGCAGAUGCGAGGAUGGAGAUCAUACAGACGGAGACUAACAAAGAUGAGACACUGAGACACUUGAAACAAAUCAUCAGACAUGGAUGGCCCGAUGUGAAACAAAAUUGUUCACCAGGCGCAGCAGAAUAUUGGAACUACAGGAUGGAGUUAUCUGUGGUGGGUGAGAUCGUUUACAAAGGCAGUAAAAUUGUCAUUCCAAAGAGCUUGAGAAAGGAGAUGCUCGAAAAGAUUCAUGAAGGUCAUCUGGGAAUUGAAAAGUGCAAGAAAAGAGCACGACAACUGAUGUUCUGGCCUAGAAUGAAUCAAGACAUCGCAAAUCAAGUGUCUAGAUGUGCAAUUUGCCUCAAAUAUCAAGCAAAUCAACCUGCAGAGCCACUUCACCCACACCAAGCACCGGACAGACCAUUCCAGAAGGUGGGUGCUGACCUGUUUUCGUGUCAAGGAAAAGAUUAUCUUGUGGUCACAGCCUAUUACUCCCUGUAUCCGGAGGUUUGCAGACUGCAAACCGCAACGGCAGAGGCGGUGAUAACCUGCAUGAAAGCCAUAUUCUCAAGACACGGGAUUGCACACCAAGUUUUUUCAGAUAACGGCCCGCAAUUCGCAAACGAGAAGUUCCGACACUUUGCCGAGGAGUGGGACUUUAAGCACAUGACGUCGAGUCCACACUUUCCACAGUCCAAUGGCUUGGUGGAAAGUUCUGUCAAGACUGUGAAACGGCUGAUGCACAAGGCGGCGGACAGCGGAACAGACUUCUACCGGAGCUUGCUGGUUUAUCGCACAACGCCGCUCGAGUGUGGUAUGUCUCCGGCCCAACUGCUCAUGGGACGUGUGCUGAGGUCCAACUUGCCCGUCCCGGAAAACAUGCUCAGAACAUGGGAAGGGGAGCAAGUGAGGGUGUUCAAGGAACAACAGAAACAAAAACAGAAGUUCUACUAUGACAGAGGAACACGGAACCUACCUGAGCUACACACCGGUGACCCUGUAAGGUACAAAGACAAAACAGACACAUGGUCACGGAAAGGAACUGUACUGUGUCAGGUCCAACCAAGGUCAUACACUGUUCAGACAGAGGAAGGCGCUGUUCUACGGAGAAACCGCCGAGAUCUUCUCAAAGAUCCAGCCUUAGAAAGUCAAGGGACUGAGACUGUUGAAGGACCUAACACAGCCCAGAGUCCGCCCACUGAAACACCUCAGAUUCUAAGACAAGCAGUCAGAAAGUCCUCAAGGAAGGUGAAACCACCCGAGAGACUGAUCGAGAACAUCUAAUGUGUUUUUCUGUGUUCAGACAUGAAAAAAAAAAAAAAGAGGGGGAGAAAUGUGGUGAAAAGUAUUGUGCAAAAUGUGAACGUAGAGUUUAUUGUGGGAAGUUGGGGAAAUGUCACUUUAUUUUGAACAAAGCGACAGUUUAAGUUUAAAUAACAAUUUUGAUUAAGGAAUGCUACUGAUAAAAAGCAAACUGCUGUUAUUUAAUUUCAUUACAUUUGUUAGAAGUGAAGAUUUUAGUUUAAGAAAGGGAGAUGUAAUGAUAUGAGCAAAUCGUAUUUGCUUGUUCGAUUAGCUAUGCCUGCACAGAGCACACACAGCGCAUGUGCAGCGAUUCGUCAGUCGCACGAGAGUCUACGAGAUGUACACAUGGUGAUUGCUUUCUCCCUCUGACCAAGACGGCAGUCCAAAUAAAGAACCUCUACUC